UCUCUCUCUCUCUCUCUCCCCCCCUACGGUAUAGGGGGUAUCUAGUCCAGUAGUCCAAAACCCAUAUAUAAAUAUUCUACAUUGGAAACCAUUUUACCUGGAGGAAAUCUCUCUCUCUCUCUCUCUCUCUCUCUCUGAGCUCUCCAAAAGAGCUGGAGGGAGCUUUCUCUACACCAGAUGUUUUAGGUAGAAGGGUGUUAGAUUAGACUUAGAUUUGGGAGGAUGCUUUCGAGAAAGGCUACCUUAAACUUACACGGCCAAGACAAUUCCUACUUCCUAGGAUGGGAGGAGUACGAGAAAAACCCUUACGACGAUCACCACAACCCCACGGGCAUCAUUCAGAUGGGUCUAGCCGAGAAUCAGCUCUCCUUUGACAUUAUUGAAUCAUGGCUUGCCACCAAUCCCCACACCACCGGCUUCCAUAGAAAUGGAAACUCUCUGUUCAAAGAAUUGGCGCUCUUCCAAGAUUACCGUGGCUUGCCAGCUUUCAAGAGUGAGCUGGCUGAUUUAAUGGCCGAAAUUAGAGAAAACAAAGUAGUAUUUGAUCCAGGCAGGCUUGUUCUGACGGCUGGUUCAACCUCAGCCAAUGAGAUUCUCAUGUUUUGUCUGGCUGAACCUGGAGAAGCUUUUCUUCUUCCUACACCGUAUUACCCUGGGUUUGAUAGAGAUCUAAAAUGGCGACCAGGGGUUGAAAUCGUCCCUAUACAUUGCUCAAGUUCGAACGAAUUUAGAAUUACCAAGUCUGCACUGGAAGAAGCCUAUCGACAUGCCGAAAGCCGCAAUUUGUCAGUAAAAGGAGUAUUAGUGACGAAUCCUUCCAACCCUUUAGGCACUAGCCUGAGUAGGGGCGAGCUUAAUCAUCUCAUCAGCUUCGCCAUUGCUAAGGAAAUCCAUUUAGUGAGCGAUGAGAUAUAUUCAGGAACAGUUUUCGACUCUCCGAGGUUUAUAAGCCUCACACAGGCUGUGAUCGACAGAAACCUUAAAGAUACCGAUCUCUGGGGCCGAAUUCACAUCAUUUACAGCCUCUCAAAGGACUUGGGCCUCCCGGGAUUUAGAGUGGGUACGAUUUACUCCAACAAUGAGACGCUACUUGCAGCCGCAACAAAGAUGUCGAGCUUUGGGCUUGUGUCUUCUCAAACUCAGCACCUGCUCUCCUGCAUUCUGGCCGAUAAAAAAUUCAGAAGAAGUUACAUUAACAUUAACAAGAAGAGAAUCAAAAGGAGAAAGGAAAUACUUGUGGCUGGUCUUUUGAGCGCAGGGAUAAGGUGUUUGAAGAGCAACGCGGGGUUGUUUUGUUGGGCAGAUAUGAGACAUCUUCUGAGCGCCAAUACGUUAGAAGCAGAAAUGGAACUAUGGAAGAAGAUUCUUUAUCAAGUCGGACUCAACAUCUCUCCAGGUUCUUCUUGUCACUGCACUGAACCUGGCUGGUUUCGUAUAUGUUUUGCCAAUAUGCCAGAAGAAGCCAUAAGCCUUUCCCUCAAGCGAAUCAAGGCUUUUGUCGAUGGAAUCCGUACGUCGCACCGCCGCCUCGGCCAAUCCUUGGUUUUAUAAUAUGGCUCGUCGACAAGAUUAAUAGUGAAUGCCCAUUUCCCAUUUGCUUCCGCCCUCCCCGGCUACAGUCGGCCGGCGAUGAUUGUAAAUAAAUAAAAUGAAUCUUCCCCUUUUCGGUAUUCGUUUCAUUGCUGCAGUUUGCCUCAAACUUUUAGACUUCAACCAACGUUUGA